GUGGCUGAGCCCCCUCCCUCCCCCACCCUUCCCCCGCACCGGCAAUGAAAGGCAAACUAGGUUAUUUUUUUUUUUGCUGGCUCGCCCCUACAUUGUUAUUUUGUUUUUUAAAGAAUGUUGGCAAAGCAAUUAAUUGGUCGUUUAUUAACGACUUGUGUACGUCCUUGUCAAAAUGUCGCAACAAAGCGUUUCGCUUCCACCUCCUUGUUUCAAAAUACCGAAAGAUUUAUGCUUGACAAGGCCCUUCUUACACGUAACUAUGACAACCAAUGAGCUGUUUAUGGCUAAUUGACAUUAAUGCAUUGCAUCUUGUAGCCUUAAAGGAAACCACCUCAACUGCUAGUGUCUUGGACCAUAUUUCUCGUCUUCGCCCUUUCAACGCACCUGCUGUCCCACAACCCACCAUGACUACACCACUUGUAGUUGAAGAGCUUGAAUUAACCAGUGUUCUCAGAAAGCGUCGUUUGAAGAUGAACAAGCAUAAGCACAAGAAAUUGAUGAAGAGAACUCGUGCAUUGAGAAAGAAGUUGGGCAAAUAAAGGGAAAGCAGAAGCAGCAGCAGCAGCAGUAUUAUUAUUUUCGACCCUUUGCCUUUUUUUUUAUUCAAUCUAUCACUACUAUUAGACCUUCUCCUACCCCUCCCAAAAAUGAUUUGUUUUUUUGCUCAUAUUAAAAAUAUCUCCCCCCAAUGUAUCAUAUAU